GGAUAUGGUCCACACUAGGAGGGGGAGAGCUAGGGAGGGCCUAAUAACACCUAAUUUGAAAACUACCCAAGUUUCCUUAUUUACUGAAAAUUUUGAAUUAUCUUAAAGGAGAAGCUCACCAGGAUAUAUUUAGAAAACAAGUUUUGGAGUUUCUCUUGGCUAUUAAAUACCUUGGCUGUUGCUCAUUUGUAGCAAUAAAUUGCCACUCAGCACUUCCUUCCCCCCUCAUCCACCCAAGACAGAAGAGACUCCCUAGCUAGCUAGAGAUCGAUCAAGAUGUCUUGUGGCCCUGCUGGUUCUUCCUGAAGCCUCUUCUCAUAACUCAUCAUCAAAAGCAUAAGUUCCUAGUAUAUAUAUAUCCUCCUGAUCAUCACCUCUGAGCCAGUUGUCAUCACCAAGUACAUACCUACAAGAGAGAUCAUCUUGUCAUCUAUAAAAUAAUCGAAACCCAGCUAAGGAGAGGGAUUUUAUUUUAGGGUUCUUGUUCAUGCCAGCUCCCAACAAUUCCCAACUGUAGAGCUGCUUACACUUUUAUUUUUAAAAUUUUUUUAGCUAUUCAAACUCGAUCAAGAACCCCAUCAUCACCUAGCUCUGUCAGUCAUCUUUCCAUCCAAAAGGAUACAUGGGUUUAAGGGACAUAGAGGCUACUCUACCUCCAGGGUUUAGGUUUUACCCAAGCGACGAGGAGCUGGUCUGCCAUUAUCUCUACAAAAAGAUUGCUAAGGAGGGAGUCUCAAAGGGAACAAUGGUGGAGGUUGACCUGCACACCUGUGAGCCCUGGCAGCUACCUGAGGUAGCAAAGCUGGGGGCCAAUGAAUGGUACUUCUUCAGCUUCCGAGACCGCAAGUACGCGACGGGGUUGCGUACAAAUCGAGCCACGACAUCUGGUUACUGGAAGGCCACCGGAAAGGAUCGUCCCGUGUUUGAUCAAACUUCUCGUGUAAUUGUUGGUAUGCGGAAAACGCUAGUUUUCUAUCGCAACAGAGCUCCAAAUGGGAUCAAGACAGGUUGGAUCAUGCACGAGUUCCGUCUCGAGAACCCACACAUGCCUCCAAAGGAAGACUGGGUGCUAUGUAGAGUCUUCUACAAAGGCAAGGGAGAGCGUCUCACAGAACCUAGCUUAGCAAAUGAGCUAGAAUCCACAUUUGGUGCCCCUUCUCCAACAUUUGCCUCGUCUCCUACUAAUCAUCACAACAUAUCAAGUGGGUUUAAACAAUUCGACUCAUUCUCGUCCUCAGUCUACCACCAAGAACACAGUUUCCUAAACUUGGCUAUGAUGAACUCUAAUUUUCUUGAAUGUCCUCAAGAGAUGAACAACACUCCCAUGAUUGAGGUCGACUCUAGAGGCGCAGAUGAGUUUGGGUUUCUACUGGACAUGAGUUUAGAAGAGAACCACUUAGGUGAUGGAGGACCGCCGUGUUUGGAUGAAAUGAGGUUUGAGGAUGAUAACACCAUAGUUUUCAUCUAAAUUGAACUUAUUUAAAGAAGAAUGGGAAAAAAGAAGAAAAAACAAAGAGAAAGACACUCAUUUCUUGAUAUAUGAUUUGUUUGUGUUGUUGUUUAUAAGAAUAGUUAUGUCUUGUUUGGAGAUCGGAUGAUUGAUGUAGGGGCAAGAUGGCCUUUGGGAUCUGAAAGAUUUUAUUUAUGUUGUGUUCAUAUAUCUUGUCUAAACAUAUCGGCCAUUUUUCUUUGUGUAAAAAAUUAAAAAUCACUGUAUUAUUCAAUAUUAAUUAUUCUCUCUUUCAAAUUCAUCA